CUUAGCCAAAGAAACAUUCUGGCCACAGACUCUGGCCAUGAAGGUUCAUAUUUAUGUCCUAUUCUUGUCCAUUUGGACAAUAAAUUCUUUAGCUAGAAACCCAAUUAAUGAAACAUCUGCUACUACUACUACCAAUACCACAGUUGAUACCGCUGUAUCAAAAGGAACAAAAUUGGAUGAUUUUAGAAAACGCCUCCUCGGUUUCAUAGUCGGAAUUAUGAUCAUAGCCUUCACCUUCACCUGUUUCUGUCUUCUCCAUUAUAACUGUAUGGUUGAGGAGGUCCAGUCACCAGGAGGGCUCAACAAAGAAAAUAUGGCAGCCAUAUCAUCCUGGGUAUCCAAGGUAUCAGCGUGUCAACCUGAUGUGAUAACUGAGGACAUUCUAGAAACUCAACCUCUGCUAUUAAAGUUAGACCAAACAUAUGGGCCCGUAUGUCCAGAUAAACAGCCCAUAGCAAACAGUGUAGCAAAAUCAAUUCGUCCUCCAAUUCUACAAAAUCCAUGCAUACCAUCUAAUGCACCAAAAUCAACGAAAUAUACAAAUAUAGAACACUCAUCUACAUCAUGCAGUUUAAAAUAUUCAAAUAGACAAUUAGAGUCAAAUAGGCCAACUAAGUUAUCAAACCCCAGAAGAUUACACAAACAAUCUCACCUGGAAAAGACGUAUAAGAAACGUGGCCUUAAAAUGUCAAAUAAGCUCGCCUAUGCCUGUAAAUUAGCUAACACCAAUUCAUCCUUUUCAGAUAAGCAAGUCUCACCUUGGCUAGCUAUUAAGAAAACUUCAGCUAAGCAAAUCCCACAAUCAUCUUCUUCAAUCUCACAUAAGCAAAUCACAUCCACCAAACCAUGCAGAAUGAAGAAACCCAGCCUGUCACGUGGACACUAUGAGGUUAGAAAGCCAGUGAAUAGAGAAAACGCUUCAUCUCCCAAGCCUACAGAACCUGAAACUUGCCGGUAUUAUAAGAAUGAAUGCCUUAUUUGCAAUACUUCUAGAUUUAUUCUCAAUGAUUUUUCAGGGACAGAGAAGAGACUUGCUGGGUAUUUUUAUGGUUCAGUGCAAAGGAAGCCAUGUUCUGAGCCUUUCUGUGAAACAGAAUACAAGUACAAGACUUAUGAGAAAAGUGUGAGCAACGAUACUAUGAAAGCAUAUGAUAGUGAAGACAGUAAUGCAGAGAUAGUCAUUAUUUGUGACACAAGUCACGAUGAUAUCACAGCUAAAGAGUCCUUCCAAUACUAAGGACUUAAACAAAUUGAUCUACAUGCACAAUAUCCACGUGUAAUCAGUAUUGAAUAUAGAGCUGUCUACCUUGAAGGUAAUUAAAAGUAUGGCAUUACAAA